UUCAAUUUUCGUAAUUUUCUAGUUUAAUGAAGCACAAAUAAACUCAAAUAACUCCUUUUUAUCGCCUCCAUAACGCAAUCGAACGUAUUAACGUUAAAUAAAUAAAUAAGAAUUAAUAAACAAAUAAAGCGACAUCUAUCAUUAAGUAGCGAAAGUUGAUCUAACCUCAAAUAAAUUCAUAACCUAAAAAUGUCAACCUCGAAAACGCGCAUAAGAUGGUCCGAAUUAGAUAUUAAUUUAUCAAAGAACCUGCAAGAAGCAAUAAAAACGUUCAAUUUCGAAACAACAACACCAGUACAAGCCGCAGUAAUCCCUUUAUUAUUAAAAAAUAAAGAUGUGGCCGCUGAAGCAGUGACAGGUUCAGGAAAAACGUUAUCGUUCUUAAUCCCUCUUUUAGAAAUCUUAUUAAAGAAGUCCCAAACGCAAGUAUUUAAACCAAAAGAAGUCUUUGCGAUCGUAAUAUCGCCUACGCGGGAAUUAGCGACGCAAACGUACCAAGUUUUGGAACAACUCUUAAAACGAAUUGAAGGAAUCACACAAAUUCUAUUAGUGGGGGGAAACAACGUCGAAGAAGACAUCAAUCGAUUCAAAAUAAACGGAGGAAACAUCAUCGUUUGUACUCCUGGGCGUUUAGAAGACUUAUUAACGACGAAAAAACAAAUUAAUUUAUCCUUAUCAGUGAAAAACCUCGAAAUUUUAAUUCUAGACGAAGCCGAUCGCCUCUUAGAUCUCGGAUUUAAACAAACAAUAAAUACGAUUUUAAGUUACCUUCCGAAACAACGCCGAACCGGAUUAUUUUCAGCCACGCAAACCAAAGAAGUCGAAAAUUUGAUUCGCGCCGGCCUUCGUAACCCCGUUUUAGUCAACGUAACCGAAAAAGCGUCGCAAAGUACCCCGAUUUCAUUAAAUAAUUAUUUUACAAUCGCCCCAAAUAACGGAAAAUUAACCUCAUUGAUAAGUUUUUUAGAAAAGUAUCAUAAAAAACCUUCGAAAACGAUUAUUUUUUUACCAACAUGUGCUUGUGUUGAUUAUUUUUCAUCGAUUUUUAAGGAAUUAUUAAGUUUUGAGGUGGAAAUUUUUGCAUUGCAUGGAAAAUUAAAAGAGAAGCGAUCUAAAGUUUUGGAAAAUUUUAAAAAUGAAGUUAAUGGGGUACUUUUAUGCACGGAUGUUAUGUCGAGGGGAAUCGAUAUCCCCUUGGUGGAUUGGGUGGUGCAAUUUGACCCCCCAUCAAGCGCCAGCGCGUUUGUACACCGCGUUGGAAGAACUGCGAGGCAAGGAAAUUCGGGAAAUUCAAUCAUUUUUCUCUUAGAAAGUGAAGAGGCUUAUGUGGCGUUUAUUGAAAAGAAUCAAAGAGUGAUUUUGAAAGAAAUUGAGAGAUGUAAUUGCGAAGAUAAGAUAAUUAAAGUUAGGGAUAAAUUGAGAGAGCUUCAAAUAAAGGAUAGAGGUGUAAUGGAGAAAGCAACGAGGGCUUUCGUCUCCCAUAUUCGAGCUUAUUCAAAACACGAAUGUUCGUUGUUACUACGAGUUAAAGAUUUAGAUCUUGCAGCGAUGGCGACUUCUUACGGUUUAUUACAACUCCCGAAAAUGCCAGAAUUGAAAAAUCGAGACACCUCCUAUUUUAAUCCCGUCGAUGAUAUCGAUUUAAAUUUGAUUCCGUAUAAAGAUAAACAAAAAGAAAGUGUUCGGUUAAAGAAAUUGGAGCAGUUUAAAUCCACAGGUGUUUGGCCUGAUGCUAAAAAGAAACCGAAACGUUCUUUGAAUCCAACAGAAGCUUGGUCGAAAACCAAGCAAAAAAAGGAAGAUCGAAAAUUGAAAAGGAACAAAAGGAAAUUGGGAAAAGAAGCUAAAUUAGCUAGAAAUGAACCGCUUAAAAAGAAACGCAAAAAAAAAAUGUCUGAAGAUGAUUUAUUAGAAUUAAUGGAAGAUGUCGCAGUUUUAAAGAAAUUAAAAAAGAAAAAAAUCACUGAGGAGGAUUACGAAAAACAAUUAGGUAUUUAACAAUAUCUAAUAAACGAAGCUAUGAAAAAAUUAUUUUUUUUAUUGUAUCUUCCCAAUCUAUAUAUUAAUAAAUAUGUACAAAAAAGGGAAAUUUCCCUUUUCUCAAAAUUAAACGUUUUCACUUCUCAUUUUCCUUUUGUUCGAUUAAAAAAAAAUUAAUCGUAGCUUACCUUUUAGGUUCUUCUCACCAUUUCAGAAAAUAAUUUUAUUCUUAUUGUUGUUUCUAAAUCUCCUCAUCUUCUUUAACUCUCAAAAAAAACGAUA